ACAAGGAACAAGGACUCAGAACUAAAUGUUGGGGAAUCACACUAGUGCCACUGAAUUUUAUCUUGUUGGUUUUCCUGGCUCUGAAAACCUACGCCACGUCCUUUUUGCUAUCUUCUGCUUUUUUUACUUAGUGACCUUAGUGGGAAACACGGUCAUCAUUGUGAUCGUGUGUGUUGAUAAACGUCUGCAGUCCCCCAUGUAUUUCUUCCUUGUUCACCUCUCCAUCCUGGAGAUCCUGGUUACAACCGUUAUUGUGCCUGUGAUGCUCUCGGGGCUGCUGCUCCCUGGAAUGCAAAGUAUAUCUUUGGCUGGGUGUGUUGCCCAACUUUUUCUGCACCUUGCUCUGGGGACCACGGAGUUUUCUUUGCUUGGAGCAAUGGCCGUGGAUCGUUAUGUAGCUGUCUGCAACCCUUUGAGGUACAGUGUCAUCAUGAACAGUCACACCUGCAACUCUGUGGUAAUUGUGUCAUGGGUAUUCGGGUUCCUUUUUCAAAUCUGGCCAGUUUAUGCCACAUUUCACCUUAACUACUGCAAAUCAAAUGUGGUGGAUAAUUUCUUCUGUGACCGAGGGCAGUUGCUCAAAUUAUCCUGCAAUAAUACUAUUUUCAUAGAGUUUAUCCUUUUUCUAAUGGCAGUCUUUGUUCUUUUUGGUUCUCUGAUCCCCACAAUUGUCUCCUACACCUAUAUCAUUGCCACCAUCCUCAAGAUCCCCUCAGCUUCUGGCAGGAGGAAAGCCUUCUCCACCUGUGCCUCCCACUUCACCUGCGUCAUCAUUGGCUACGGCUGCUGCUUGUUCCUCUAUGUGAAACCCAAGCAGACGCAGGCAGCGGACUACAAUAGGGUGGUUUCCUUGAUGAUUUCGAUCGUAACUCCUUUCCUCAAGCCUUUCAUCUUCACACUCCGUAAUGACAAAGUCAUAGAAGCCCUUCGGGAUGGAGUGAAACGCUGCUACCACUUAUUCAAGAGCUAGUCUUAUCCUGAGGUAUCUACAUGGCCAAACACAAGUUACAAAUCCUGGAAUAAUCUGAGAAGACCAUCUCUGAGGUGC